AUGUGGUCAAGGCAUGCAGACUCUCGAGUGGGCUUAGUUAUAGCUGAUAGAAACCCAUUUUCUGCCAUGAAGGAUACGUAUUCAAGAGACUGCGCAUUCGCUCCAGUGAAAUGCACACGACCGAAUGAAGUUUGGAAUCCGUGUGCACAAUGUUUGGCAGAACGAUGCGAGGAUCUCAACAGUACCUCUGACCAGAAUUGUCCUGCUGAACUGCGUUCCUACUGCAGGCCGCAGUGCGUUUGUGCAAACGGCUAUUACAGGAACAACAAUGACGUUUGUGUCCCGAAGAACGCGUGUCCUGGUCAGUGUCCGGUGCCCGCCAAAUGUAGACCUACUUGCUCUGUGCCGAAUCCACCGAACUGUCCACCUUACAAGCCGCCUACUGAGAACGAGGACGGAUGUCGAUGUCAACCAGGGUACAUCUUGUCUGAAACAGAAGGGAAAUGUGUUAAAAUAGAAACCUGCCCUACUGGUCAGUGUCCGGUGCCCGCCAAAUGUAGACCUACUUGCUCUGUGCCGAAUCCACCGAACUGUCCACCUUACAAGCAGCCUACUGAGAACGAGGACGGAUGUCGAUGUCAACCAGGGUACAUCUUGUCUGAAACAGAAGGGAAAUGUGUUAAAAUAGAAACCUGCCCUACUGGUCAGUGUCCGGUGCCCGCCAAAUGUAGACCUACUUGCUCUGUGCCGAAUCCACCGAACUGUCCACCUUACAAGCAGCCUACUGAGAACGAGGACGGAUGUCGAUGUCAACCAGGGUACAUCUUGUCUGAAACAGAAGGGAAAUGUGUUAAAAUAGAAACCUGCCCUAGUUCGUGUUCUGGUAACGAAACGCGCGUAUACUGCAAGGCUGGCUGUCCCACUGACUAUUGUCCAACAAGCGACAGCCGCGCUGUAAUUGCUUGCGAUCCCCCCUACCCAUGUAAUCCGGGCUGCGUUUGUAAACCAAAUUAUCGACGCCUGAGUCAGGAUGACGAGCGAUGUGUGCUGACCACAGACUGUCCUCCAGUGAAGUGCACACGACCGAAUGAAGUUUGGAAUCCUUGUACACAAUGUUUGGCGGAACGAUGCGAGGAUGCCAACAGUCCCUCUAACCUGAAUUGUCCUCCUCAGCUGCGCCCUUAUUGCAAUCCGCAGUGCGUGUGUGCAAACGGUUAUUACAGGAACAACAAUGACGUUUGUGUCCCGAAGAAAGCUUGUCCUGGUCAGUGUCCGGUGCCCGCCAGGUGGAGACCUACCUGCUCUGUGCCGAAUCCACCGAAUUGUCCACCUUACAAGCCGCCUGCUGAGAACAAGGACGGAUGUCAAUGUCAAGAAGGGUACAUCUUGUCUGAAGCAGAAGGAAAAUGUAUUAAAAUAGAAGAAUGUCCUAGAACAUCAGGCUGUAAUGGAGAUCCACAUGCAAAAGUGACGAAGUGUCCGUUACCUUGCCCGUCCACUUGCAAAUCACCAGAGGCUAUAGGUUGUAAGAAAAGGUGCGAUCCGGUUGGAUGUGAAUGCGAGUAUGGCUACAUACUAUCAGAUAUAGGAGGAAAAUGUAUUAAGCCUGAAGAAUGCCCAGGCGGAAACCCGUGUGGAUCAAAUGGUACAUUUGUUAAAUGCAAAUCAAGGUGUCCGAAUGACUAUUGUCCUGUCAACGAUAAUCGUGGAGUUAUAAUUUGUGAAGGCUUUCCAUUAGCCCCCUGUUACUCUGGAUGUAUUUGUAAGCUAAAUUAUAAAAGACGCAGCGAGACAGACCGAAGAUGCAUUCUGUCUACAGAUUGCCCUCCUGUAAAUUGCACUAGACCCAACGAAGUCUGGUGCCCGUCACCACCGCCCUGUUUACAAGAAACCUGCGAUGAUGUCGACCUUCCUCCGGUACCUUGUAACGAAUUUAUAAAAAGCAGUCCUAGAUGCAUCUGCAAAGAUAAUUACUUCAGGAACGAUAGCGGAAUCUGCGUUUGCGCUCAGGAAUGUCGCGACAUAAACGCGCCUGAUUAUAAUCGCAAGAAGCGUGAUAGUAAGAAAUUAAUCUUAUUUUUCAAUUAAAUGUUAAAGAUGUGCUAAAAUUCCUACUUAUGUAAUACGUUUCGAUGUCUCGAACACUAAAUUAAACAGUGUAAUAAGUUAUUACUUUUCGGAACUUGAUUAGGUGCAAUUUUGUUUCUUUUUUAAUACUGUUUAAAUGAUUAAAAAAAUUAAUUCUAA